GAGACGUGGCAGCGACAAGUUACAUGUCGUGGUUGGUGACAUUCAUUUCUGCAAGUUCCAUCCUGGCGAUUGUCACAGUUUCGACGACAUCGACAGAAACGUCUUGCUCUUUCGACGAGUUUCGUCAAUGCUUACAAGCUUUGCACUCUUUGACACAAAGUAAUGAUCUGGUUUUUGGUACCACAAAAGAAGACCUGGUUAAAGUUUGCAGCGAUAUGCAGGAGAGCAUCAGCUGCGUUGACGAGUACAUCAAGAGAUGCUUUACUGCUACCCAAGCACAGGUUUUCAAUCAUGUGGUUGCAGAAGCUCGACAAGUGAAAGAUGAUCUGUGUGUUCCCGGACCGAUACAAGAAGCUUAUCUCCGUCACGCACCGUGUUUUAUAAACAUAUCAUUAUCUGAAGAUAAAUGCGCUCCUAUAUAUCGACAUGUGUUGGAAUUAUCAGAAAAUGUGAACAAAGAAGAAGACGUGGAAGAAGGAUUAAGAAAAUCCUGUUGUGCCUUCAACGAGUUCGUUCUUUGCAAGUAUCAUCACGUCUCCAAAGACUGUGGUUCCGAUGCAGCUGAAUUUCAACAAAAACAUCUCGACAGGAUAUCCGGUCCAUUAAUGUAUGAACAUUGCGCUACUUACACUUUUGGUUCCAAUACAUGCUCCUCUUCCGAUCAAAUAAAGCCUAUCGUACGCAUGUUAGCACUUAUUUAUAUCUGUUUAAAACUUUGGAUGUAAAUUAGAAUAUAGUGAAAAUAAAUGUUAG